AUGUCCAAAAUCUACAGCGUCGGCAUAAUAGGCUACGGUCUCUCCGCCAAAAUCUUCCACAUCCCCUUCAUCACAGAUACCGCACAAUUCAAGCUCGACGCCAUCGUACAGCGCACGCCCAAACCCCAAGACGACGCAAGCAACGACUACCCCAGAACUAAAAUAUACCGCAGCACAGAAGAACUCUUCAACGAUGCGGACAUCGACGUCGUGGUCAUCAGCACAGCACCAAACAGCCAUUUUGAGCUCGCGAGUAAAGCUAUGAGGGCAGGGAAACAUGUCUUAGUCGAGAAGCCGUUCACGCCAACUUCGGAUGAAGCUCGUGAGCUGGUCAAGGUUGCAGAGCAGAAUAAUGUGCUACUUACAGUAUAUCAGAAUAGGCGAUAUGACAGGGAUUUUCUGACUGUCAGGAGACUCGUUAGUGAGGGGUCUUUAGGACGUGUUGCGGAGUUCGAAACGCAUUUCGAUCGACAUAGGCCUGAUAUGCCUACAGCACAGUCUUGGAAGACGGAUCCGGCGAAUUACUCUGCUGUAUUUGAUUUAGGCACGCAUUUACUGGAUCAGGCUGUGUACCUAUACGGCUUACCGAAACGAAUUACUGGAUUUGUUGGGAGUCAGAGGGAGGGUAACACGAUUGGUCUGGAAGACUCCUUUACGGCUCUACUGCACUACGAGGACGGACUGAUGGUCACGGCGAAGGCUGGUGUGGUUAGUCCUGAGACCGACCAGCUCAGAUUCUGGAUACGAGGGACAAAGGGCAGUUUCAAGAAGUUUCACCUUGACCCGCAGGAGGAUCAGCUCAAGAACGGCCUUCGACCAGGGCAGGAAAAUUAUGGGGAGGAAGGUGAAAGUAAACAUGGCAUUCUUACAACCACUAGUGAGGGUGGGAUGACCACUAGCAAGGUGAAACCUGUGGAGAGUAAAGGAUACACUACGUUCUAUGAUCAAUUCGCAAAAGCUCUGGAUGCAAAUGAUGCGAAAUUGUUGCCAGUUGACCCAGGUGUGUCUGCGGACGUGAUACGGUUGUGUGAGUUGAUGAGGCAGAGCAGUCAGCAGGGCAGGACCCUGGAUCUCUAG